AUGCCAUUGUUGAAGAUCACCUCGGCAUCAUUUCCACCGUUUCUCGCUGGUACCAGAGAUGUAUAUACAUCACCACAGUGUGAAAGGUCACAUAUUAAGGUGAGGGUAACCUUUGCAGCUGAAUUUCAACAAACCUCUGAGGCUUUAGCCAGUGACGAGAAUGUUGUUAUCCCUGAUACGAUAUGUAUGCAUUGGCUACCCCAUACUUCUUUACGGAACCGAGCGUCCAUAUCGAAAUCCUCAACCAAGAGAGAAUGCUUGAACGGCUCUUCGAACAGAAUUUACCCAACAUUAAGAAAGCGUACCGGUCAAACGAGCUGGUGA